UGAAAAUGGAACGCGACGCGACGCGACUGCCCAGAUUCUUGCUUAGUCACUAUCGAUAAGUGCUUCGGGAAGCCGCGGUGAUGUCAGCCCCUCUCGCAGCUACCGUGUAUGUCAUCAACAACACCACCUCCCAACUUCACUCAUGAGCUUCUUUACAACUGCAAUUCGACGUGCACCAUUUCAAUCACUUCGUUUACCUAUCACAGGACCAUCUCUCGCGCCAUGCAUAUCCAAUCAAUUCCUAUGUGGGAGGGCACCGGCAACAAUUACGCCUACCUCGUUUCAGACGAAAAGACACGUGAAGCUGUGAUCAUCGACCCAGCACAUCCAGAAGAAGUCCUGCCAGCUCUUGAGAAUGCGACAAAGAACGGUCUGAAGUUAUCAAAGAUCAUCAACACUCACCAUCACCACGACCAUGCAGGAGGGAACAAAGAAAUUCUCAAGCACCACAAACUUCCCAUCAUUGGCGGUCGUGACUGUACUCUAGUCAACAAGACUCCCACACAUAACGAAACGUUUACUAUCGGCUCCAUUGAGGUCACCGCUCUUCACACACCAUGCCACACACAAGACAGUAUCUGCUUCUAUUUCAAAGAUGGAGAUGACAAGGCCGUCUUCACCGGCGACACCAUGUUCAUCGGCGGCUGUGGGCGCUUCUUCGAAGGCACUGCCGAGGAGAUGCACAAGGCUCUCAACAAAACCCUCGCCGCGCUGCCAGACGAUACGAAGGUCUAUCCUGGCCACGAGUAUACGAAAGGCAACGUGAAGUUCGCGAAGACAGUAGCGAGGGACAACGAGGCAAUCAAGAAGCUUGACAGCUACUCCCAGGCCAACAAGGAGACACAAGGCAAAUUCACGAUUGGCGAUGAGAAGAAACACAAUGUCUUCAUGCUGUACGCGGACCCCGAGAUCCAGAAGGCCACUGGGCAGACCGAGCCCGUCGAAGUUGUACGUACCUUGCGCGCUCUGAAGGAUAAGGCGUAGAACGACUAUUCAUGUAAAGGAAUCGACCUGACGGCUUACCGUCAAGAUCAAGCCAAGAAUUUUCAUUAUUUCGACACACAUGCAUUCAUUGAACUUUUGAAAGC